AUGCUGCAGUCGCGCCUCGCCAACGCCCCGCCCCUCCCGCGCCAGCCCUUCGACUUCGGCCGCUCCCGCCCGAACAUCCUAGACGACAUCUCCCUCCUAGUCUCCUCGGUCGUCGCCCAGGACAAGCACCACGUCCGGGGCCAGUCUCCCGCCCCCGGCCAGUCUCCCGAGCCCCCGUCCCCGCCCUCUUCAGACUCCCCCGACUACCACUAUGUUCCCAGCCCCAGCCCCGACACCAUGUACUCCGACCGCUACCCCGACGCGUCCGCUGCCCAGCUCCCGAACCUGUCCUACUCUCUCCAGCACCCCCAGUCCCAUUCGCGCCGCUCCCCCGCGGCUGCCCUCGCCGAGAAUGUCGACCCGUCCUCCGCAGAUAUGUCGGAGCCAGAGCCCGCUCCGUACUCCGCCUCUCCGCUCUCGUCCCCCGAGAUGCAGCACCACCGCCCAAACAAUUUUUCCUUCCCCGCCCCCAUGAGCGCGCCCCACUCUCAGCAACUAUUCAGCUUUUCCACGUCCGCCUCCGUGUCAGCCGCUGGCCCGCCGUCCUCGCUCGAAUAUUCGACCCUCGACCGCCGCAUGUCAGAGCCCGUCCUGGGUGGGGCCCGCCAGAGCUUUCCCGCCGUCUCUACCAACAGCGGCGGCCCAAGCCCGUUCACCUACGACCCCUCCUCCUCGGCGGGAACUACCAUCCUCCCGUCCCCGGUUUCCCCGCGCCCCUCCUCUGCUUCGUUUUCCUCGUACUCCUCCUACGGUCACCCCCGCCAGUCCAGCGGCGACUUCUCUGCGUCUGCACCCAGUGGAUGGUCCCUCAAGCACAGCGCGAGCACCGGCGACCUUGGCCAAGACGCCACCGCGCCACCCGUUUCUCCUGUGUACGCCGGCAGCGUGAGUGGCUCAGAUGUUUCCGGGACCGGGGUGCCCUCGCCGCCCCGCGGUUCUCCAAGGAAGAUUCCCCAAGGGAACGCAGUCAAGAAGCGGCCGCGCAGGCGGUACGACGAGAUCGAGAGGUUGUACCAAUGCAGCUGGCCGAAUUGCACAAAGGCGUACGGCACGCUCAAUCACCUCAACGCGCACGUAACCAUGCAGAAGCACGGCCCAAAGCGCAGUCCGGGCGAAUUCAAGGAGCUCCGCAAACAGUGGCGCCAGCAGAAGAAGGAGGCUGACGAUCAGGAACGCGAGCGUGAAGCACACGCACACGCCCUCAGGGCCAUGCGCGAUCCGUUCACGCACACGCACCUGCACGCGCAAGAGCUCGACCACCACACAUUGACCUCGCGCCACGCGCGCCGGCGGCUCAGCCUCGACCCGUACCCGGACCCGCACAACUUGCAGUACCUCAGCGGCUUCCAGAGCCCGACCAGCCCGUACGCGUUCCCAGGCGUCGCGGUGCAGAGCGCGGGCUAUCCGCCACUCCGGAGCCCCGUCGACGAAGUACAGUUCGUCCACCCCUCUGCGCACCACCCGCACGCGCACCACAUUCAGAGCGACGACGAACUCCAGGGGAUCGCACAGUACUACUCGUCCCAGCAGCAACGCACCCACCACGCGCACGGGGACAUGUCCUGGCCAGGCCCACUGGCGCACCACCAGCAGAGCGAGCUGCGGCACGCGCAGGGGAUGCCCAUGGUGAGCUUGACAGGCGCGACGCGCCCGCUCCACCCGUAUUAUUCGCCGGCGCACCAGCACCAGCAGCAACAGCAACAGCAACAGAUGAGCCUCAGCGCGCUCGCCGCCACGCCCAGCGCGUCCUUCUCCAGCCUCGGUUCUGCGCACGGACACAACGGCUCGAACGGGCACAACGGCGGUGGGGGCGCGAGUGGCGGGAACGGGUACGCGCUAGGCUCGAACCGCCUCCCGCCCGACAGCACCCUCCUCACACCGUUGCCGGGAUACGACCCCGAGUCGGAGCUGAUGAUGGACCAGCGGUAUGCCGCUGGUUCGAAUGCGGGUGCUGUGCAGGGACAGAGUGCGGAGGGCAUGUACCGACGGGAGUACGACUAG